ACACGCAUUUGUGAGAUCUCUCCCUUGUCUCUCUUUCCCAUCUGAUUAGUCCUUUAGUCAUGGCUUUCGAUACAGCCCUGAAAAUCAGCUUCCUUUUCGUUGUUUGCGUGAUCACGUCGAGAUCUGCCUCGGCACAGUUGUCUAACCAAAAUUACUACGAGAAAGGGUGCCCGAAAGCACUCCAGACCAUUGGAUCUGCCGUGAAAUCGGCAGUGGCCAAUGAGUCCCGCAUGGGAGCAUCCUUGCUCCGUCUUCACUUCCAUGAUUGCUUCGUCAAUGGUUGUGAUGGAUCAAUUCUACUAGAUGACACCGCGAACUUUACUGGGGAGAAGACGGCGUUUCCCAACUUGAACUCCUUGAGGGGAUUCGAUGUGGUUGACACCAUCAAGUCAGAAGUGGAAAAACUGUGCCCUGGUGUCGUCUCGUGCGCUGACAUCUUAGCCAUUGUUGCGAGAGAUUCCGUCGUCGAAUUGGGGGGACAGAGUUGGCAAGUUCAACUAGGAAGAAGAGAUUCAACCACGGCGAGCCUGAACACUGCUAAUACUGACCUCCCAGCUCCAACUCUUAAUCUUAGUGCCCUAAUCACUUCUUUCUCUAACAAAGGCUUCACUGCCGAAGAAAUGGUAACCCUCUCAGGAUCUCACACCAUAGGCCAAUCCAGGUGCGUGACAUUCCGGGCCCGUCUUUACAACGAAAGCAACAUAGACUCGUCGUUCGCCACAACUUUAAAAGCCAAUUGCCCUAGCUCGGGAGGUGACAACAACCUCUCCCCUCUUGACGUCACCAGCCCGACGUCCUUCGACAAUGCCUACUUCACCAACUUGGUGUGCCAAAAGGGUUUGCUUCAUUCGGACCAGCAAUUGUUCAGUGGAGGUUUGACGAAUGCUCAAGUGACUGCCUACAGCAAGAACUUUGGCUCGUUCCAGAAUGAUUUUGCCAAGGCCAUGGUCAAGAUGGGUGGCCUUAGCCCUCUCACCGGGUCCACUGGUCAAAUCAGGACGAAUUGUAGAAGAGUCAAUUGAUUUUAAUCCUGGAUAUUGUUCUUUUGGAGACGUUUUUCUUUAUUUAAUCUUGUAACCUUUCAAGAUGAUUGAGAAUUAUGUGUAAUAACUUGGUGCUCUUGGGUGUAAUGAUAACUUUGUUUUAGCCAAUUUCAUGGGGCGUCAAUUGAAUA